ACUUUCUCCAAGCUGACGAUGUUCAUGUAUUACGAGGGAUAUCUUUUGACUCCCAAUGAGGCUUUAGCGAUCCUGUUUCUCAUUUUCGGAUUUUACACUGUUGUCGGAAACGUGUUGGUUUUUGUGGUGUAUAUUAUAGACCCAGACAAGAAACUUCGCCGGGUGUCUAACUCGUAUUUUGUGAUCAGCUUGGCUGUAGCGGAUAUCCUAGUUGGGAUCACUGUGGAACCUAUAAAUGCGGCGAGUUAUUGGACGAAUAACCGCAGAGUUCUCUUUAGCUAUUUCAUCUUCGCUGUUCUCUCUUGUGUUUGUUCCAUUGUAAACAUAUCCGCUCUAAUGGCAGAUAGAUUUCUCGCCGUUUGUCGACCGUUUCAAUACAGAUCGCUAAUGUCGCCAAAUCGCGUUCGUUGGGCUUUGUUACUCAUCUGGUUAUUUUCAAUCCACUUCUCCAUCUUGCCUCUUGUCGGAUGGCGCAGCGCAAGCUUUCAAAUCUACCUCUACGGCAUGGGAGUUCUAUCACCAGCUACACUAAUGCUCAUCUCCUACUAUGGGCUGUUGCGCGCACUAAAAAAGAAGAUGAUUAAUUUGAAGAUUUCUACUGAUAGAAAAGAAGUCACCCAGGUAGAAAAAACGGUAGCUCGGGAGCGCAGAGUUUCCACGACCGUCUUCAUUAUGCUUAUAGUUUUCCUCGUCGCUUGGGGUCCGUUUGUGAUGGUAGAUUUUGUCCUGGUGUUCUGCGAAAGUUGUCGCUCAGAAAAGCUUCUUCUAGCGCGCGAUAUAACGUUAACGAUAGGAUUUUUCUCGUCGGGAAUAAAUCCGGGUUUGUAUGCAUGGCGAGUUCCGAAUUUCAGGCACGGGCUAAUGCUUUUAUUUCAACGUGGAAUUAAGACGAAAUCCAGACUCGUCCGAGUUGUUCCUUUAGAAAAAGACGGUCCAAGUGGUGUUAUGGACUCAGAUAGUUGCAUUUUAAAGAGCAACUUACAUAAUUUAGCUUACCACGUGAAUAAAACACAGAAAGAAACUAUCAAUUCAGUUUGAAGUCAAUAAACAUCCAAUCUUUCAUUUUUAUUUGUUCGACGAUGCAGGUUUCUAGCCCGGCACAGAAAUGAUUGAAAUAAAAUUAUGUUUUCGUGUAUCAGCUAUUUGUUUCAGUUUUUGUUGGAUAUACA